AUUUAGACAGCGCAUUUCGCGCAAGGAAAUGUCCAGCACGGUCCAACCGAUCGAAUAAUAUGAAUAAAAAAAUUGCAAAUAUUAAGUAUCUAUCUGAAAGCCCAUAAGAGAUUUAUGCUUUGCCCCUCAAAACAAUCAUAUUAUUACACAGACUGAGAGACUUAUUGUGUGUGUGUGUGUUAGAUUUAUCAUAAGGUAGUACUAGCAUAUGCCACUAGUACAUAAUAUAAUUAAGGAUGGCUUCUGCGCCGUGCAUCGAUCCAUCCGCCAUUCCUGAUGAGUUAAUGAUGGAGAUUGAAGCAAACACUAAAUUUGUUGCCGGCGAUUCGGCCGUCAGGCUCACCUGGAAAGAUGUUACUGUAAUGGUUACCCUCAGCAAUGAUGGUGAAGCACAAAAUGUACUGGAAGGACUCACUGGUUAUGCCGAACCUGGUAACUUCACUGCCCUCAUGGGUCCUUCGGGUUCCGGGAAAUCCACCCUUCUCGACGCCCUUUCUGGCCGGCUUCCGUCCAAUGCAUUCUGUUCCGGGACCAUACUUCUCAAUGGUCGCAGACCAAAGCUCUCUUUUGGGAAUGCUGCAUACGUGAGACAAGAUGACAACCUUAUCGGCACAUUAACAGUACGGGAAACAAUCUUAUACUCCGCCCAGCUCCGGCUCCCUAAUAGGAUGUCUAGGGCUGAGAAACUAUCGCUGGUGGAGAGCACCAUCAUCGAAAUGGGACUUCAGGAUUGCGCGGAUACAGUUGUCGGAAACUGGCAUUUGCGCGGAAUCAGUGGCGGAGAAAAAAGAAGACUCAGCAUUGCCCUGGAGAUCCUCACCAGGCCUAGUUUGCUUUUCCUGGAUGAGCCAACCACGGGACUUGAUAGUGUUUCAGCAUUUUUCGUAACUCAGACCUUAUGUGGUCUGUCCAGAGAAGGCCGGACUGUGAUAGCAUCGAUUCAUCAGCCAAGCAGUGAGGUUUUUGAGCUUUUUGAUAGAUUGUACUUACUUUCGAGUGGGAAGACGGUGUACUUUGGGCAGGCUUCAGAAGCUCACCAGUUCUUCGCACAAGCUGGCUUUCCUUGUCCAUCUCUCAGGAACCCAUCUGAUCAUUUUCUUAGAUGUAUAAAUUCCGAUUUUGACAAAGUUAAGGCUACUCUCAAGGGAUCCAUGAAGAUGCCGUUGUUGGUUAAUAACAAUUAUGCUCGAGAGGAAAUAACAACUGUCGAAGUGAUUGAAAUCCUUGGUGAAAGCUACCGUACUUCACCAUAUUGCUAUUUCGCAAAACAAAAAGUUGAGGAGCUGUCCAAGAUUAAAGGGACUGUUUUAGAUUCUAGAGGAAAUCGGGCUAGUUUCCUGAUGCAGGCAUAUACGUUGACUAAGCGAUCUUUCAUCAACAUGUCGCGAGAUGUCAAUUAUUACUGGCUUAGGCUGAUUAUUUACUCCGUGGUUUCCAUCUGUGUUGGCACAAUUUAUCUUAAUGUUGGAACAAGCUACGAUUCCAUCCAGGCUAGGGGUGCUUGUAUGUCUUUUACUUUUGGCUUCGUCACCUUCAUGUCAAUUGGUGGAUUUCCUUCAUUUGUAGAAGAUAUGAAGGUUUUCCGAAGAGAGAGGAUGAACGGCCACUAUGGCAUAACUUCAUUUGUCGUCAGCAACACGAUAUCUGCGAUGCCGUUCCUGAUGUUGAUUGCUUUGAUUUCGGGGUCUCUUUGCUAUUUUAUGGUUGGCCUCCAUCCAGGAUUUUUGCAGUUUCUCUACUACAUCUUGUGUUUCUAUGCAUGUGUCACUGUUGUUGAGAGCUUGAUGAUGGCUAUAGCAAGCAUUGUGCCCGACUUUCUUAUGGGUAUCAUCAUUGGUGCCGGAAUUGAGGGUAUAUUUCUGCUGGUAUCUGGCUACUUCAGACUCCCAAAUUUCAUCCCAAAACCAGUGUGGCGAUAUCCAAUGUCUUACAUCAGUUUCCAUUUUUGGGCUCUUCAGGGUUUGUACCAAAAUGAUUUCAAGGGCAUGUCUUUUGACAACCAGACUCCUGAGUUGCCGAAAAUCUCAGGAGAAUACAUAUUGGAGAAUGUUUUCCAGAUUGAUGUGAAAAGGUCAAAAUGGGUGAAUCUCAUCAUCAUCUUCAGUAUGAUUGUCAUCUAUCGUGUCGUCUUCUUCUUAAUGAUCAAGAUCAACGACGACCUCUUGCCCUGGGUUCGUGGUUACAUUGCUAGGAGGAGGAUGGCAAUCAGAACACAACAAUAUCUGUCCCAUUGCGACUCACCUAUUCCCCUUUCUCCCUGAUAUUAUUUUGAUUGGAAUGUCAAAAUAAUUGUAUUUAGAAAAAAGAAUGAAGAUCUAUAGUUAUUUAUUCAUUUGUAGAAAAAUUUCGC